CCGGUCUAAGCCGCGCGCCGGCGAGCGCGUGUCGCGACAAACUCUAUAUUAAACACAAAGUGAAGACAAAAAUAAAAAAAAAUGAUUAUGUAUUAAAUAGAAAGUAAAACUAAACAAGACUGGUUUACGAAACGACGACAAUAAUAUUAAAAUUAAGAAACCAAACGCAACUAAUAGUGAAAGGCAGAAUCGCGCGCGAAACGAGAAACGUCAAACGACAUUUAUAAAAAAGUGAAAGUGUCCAGUGCGCGUCAGCCAGCUUAGUUGUGUGGACGUGGACGUGAAUUAAAACAAGAAAAAAAGAUAAGAAAAUCUAGUGUUGUUUAAAAAGUGUGUUGUGCGUUGUAUAUUUAUAAUAUUGUGUCGGGGUAGUACGCCCCCAGAGCUCGGCCAAUGACGCGCUGGGCCGCGCCCCCGCACGGCUGCGCGCCGAUACUAACCUUGCUCCUGCUAUUUAAUGCCGAUUUAGCAUUGUCCCGUCGUCCGGAACCUUACUAUGGCCGUCUGAUUGGUCGUCUGACACAAUACGCACAUGGCAUCCGAGGUACUGUGUACGCGGUGGACGAGAGCACUGUCUUCGUCCGUGGCUUUGCGUACGAUGGCACUGGGCCUGAUGCUUACUUCUGGGUGGGGGACACUCCUCAACCCUCGCCGGAAGGUACCCUUGUGCCGUACCCUGAGGACUAUGCUAGCAGAGAUCCGCCAGUAUUAACAGCGCACACAAACUCCGACAUUUUGCUGCGGCUGCCAGCUGGCAAGAGGCUGCGAGACAUCAAGUGGAUCAGCGUAUGGUGUCGUAGGUUCACUGUGAACUUCGGCGAUGUGUUCAUCAAUCCAGGCUUAGAGCCGCCUCGUCCGCGUGUGUUGCCAGAAUUCAAGCGGCUGGCACAUGGUCUGCGCUCAGGCAACGUCAGCGUGCUUGAUGCAAAGACGUUCUACAUUCCCAAUCUGCAUUACGACGGUGCCGGACCUGAUGCAUACUUCUGGGUCGGCAAUGGAACUGAACCUAAUCCUUUCGGCACCAAGGUACCCAAUGAGAUGGGUUCAUUGCACCCUCUCCGCGGCUACCAAGGCGAGGACAUAGAGAUCCAGCUGCCGGGCAAGCUGACCGCCUACGAUGUGGACUGGCUGGCCGUCUGGUGUGUGGAGUACAGGCACAACUUCGGUCAUGUCUAUCUGCCUAAGGACUUAGACGUGCCGCCUGCGCUUGGACAAACAAAGAUAACCCCUGCUUGGUGGUACAAUCCUACGAGUUCCACAACAUCUCAAACUCCGCACAGCAGCUCAAAUAAUUGCAAGGAAAUUCUCGACAAACGUCUACAAGUUAGAUGGGAAAUACAGGGCGACCAAGUUCAGAUCACUUUGUCAGCGCGCCUGCGCAGAGAUCAGUACAUGGCAUUCGGCGUGUCGGGUGCGCAGGGCCGGCCAGUCAUGCUCGCCGCGGAUGUUGUCGUCGCAUACUGGGACAACAAGGCAGACCAGCCUCGCGUAGCUGAUUACACAAUAACCCACUUGGCGCAGUGCGACGGUGAGCGCGGCGUGUGUCCAGACCAGCGGCUGGGAGGCAGCAAUGACGCCGUGUUAGUGUCAGGUCAUCAAAAGGGCGGUGUUACCACAAUAACAUACCGUCGCCCCCUGGCUGCCAAGGAGCCGCUCAAAGAUAAAGAGAUACAUACAUCGCGCUCGCAGUCCGUCAUCGCGGCGUUCGGUCCUCUCAACUCCAGAUACGAGGCCAAUGCCCACUCCUUCAUGGACACCACCAGGACUGACGUACAGAUUGACUUUGGGGCUCAGAACGACAACAGCUGCCUGGGUCUGGCGGAGCUGGAGGCGGGGGGUCCGCAGCCGUGGGGUCCGCGCAUCAUCGCCGGCGAGGAGCGCUUCACCGCGCGCAUCGGCCCCGCCGCCGGACUGCGCGGGUACACGCCCCUCACUGACAACGACAUUAACAAUGGAUUCUUACCUGGUCAUCCAUCCUGGGGCAUAGCCUGGUACAUCAACGACCAGCUGAUACCAGAGAUAUACGUGGAGCGAGGUCAGACGUACACAUUCCUCGUCGAGGGAGGGGAUGACAGGACCAACCCCGCCAAGUUCCACCCCUUCUAUAUCAGUGAUUCCUCAGAGGGUGGCUUCGGCCAGAAGAGGGAGGAGGAUCAAAGGAAGCAGCGGGUGUUCGCUGGGGUAGCUUACGACAAUGAAGGAUAUCCAUAUCCUACUGCCGUGGGUCGCUACUGCGAGUGGACCCAUAAGACGAUCGACCAGUCGGCCGCCUCGGAGACUUUCGAAGACUAUAUGAAGACACUGCAGCUGGAGUGCAACGAGGGCGAGCCAGCCGUCCUCAACUGGACGGUGGCACAUGAGACUCCCGACUUGGUCUACUAUCAGUGCUACACACAUAACAACCUGGGCUGGAAGAUACACGUCGUGGACCCCGGCACUCCAGUACCCAUACCCGGUGACCAGGGCGCGAGAGUCAACUCCGCGGACACUUUCCCGCCUCUCGCCAUCUUGACAUUGACAGCGCUUGUCAUCUUGACAGCUCUCCCCGACAUGGCCGCGAGAUAAGAUUGCGUUCGGAAACGCGAAGCGAGCUCUGUUAAGUUAAGGUUUGUCUGAAGGUAUCAUUUCAAAUAUACAAAAAUAUAUUUAUAUUACGUUUACGCGAUGAAAGACUUGCUUUCAAUUUGAAUAUUGUUCGAAGAAUAAUUAAUACAGAUAUUGGACUUUGACAGUAUUAGUGAUGGGUAUAAUUUUUAUCGAUAUUUAUUUUAUGCAAAUUUAGUUAUUAUUUCUCUUCAGCAAGGAUUGUGAUAAAACAGUAUAUAAAAGUAAACAGAGCUCGCAUACAUUGUACAGGUAACCGAAUUUUGGUAAAUAAUGUCAAUCUAUUAUAUAUCAAUUUCAUAUCAGUCAAAUGCGUGUUUGUGCGUUUAACUUUGAAAAUUAGAUUUUGGAAUACUUGAAGGUCUGUAGACAAUUCUUUUCGACAAUAAUUACUAGAUUUUAGUCCAGAUUAAGCGUAGUUUGGAGACGAAGUGGUAUUUUAAUUGAUUAUUAAUUUUUAGACUCAUCUAUA